GCCGCCGCCGCCGCCGCCGCGGGCUAGCUGUGAGAGGAGGGGCCUAGGCCGGGCCUGCCGCGCGGGGCUCGCCGAGCGUCUGGGCGCCAUCCCGACGUCCCCUCCGCCCCGGCUGCGCCGACGUCCCGCCGGAGCCAUGGAGGACGAGGUGGUCCGCAUUGCCAAGAAGAUGGACAAGAUGGUGCAGAAGAAGAACGCGGCUGGAGCAUUAGAUUUGCUGAAGGAGCUUAAGAAUAUUUCGAUGACUCUGGAAUUAUUACAGUCCACAAGAAUUGGAAUGUCAGUUAAUGCUAUUCGCAAGCAGAGUACAGAUGAAGAAGUUACUUCUUUAGCAAAGUCUCUCAUCAAAUCCUGGAAAAAGUUGUUAGAUGGACCAUCAACUGAUAAAGACUCUGAAGAAAAGAAAAAAGAACCUGCCAUGACAUCGCAGAACAGCCCUGAAGCUAGAGAAGAAAGUAGCUCCAGUGGCAACGUAAGCAGCAGAAAGGAUGAGGCAAAUGCUCGAGAUACUUACGUUUCAUCUUUUCCUCGGGCACCAAGCACUUCUGAUUCUGUACGGUUAAAGUGUAGGGAGAUGCUUGCCGCAGCUCUCCGAACAGGAGAUGACUACAUUGCUAUUGGAGCUGAUGAGGAAGAAUUAGGAUCUCAAAUUGAGGAAGCUAUAUAUCAAGAAAUAAGGAACACGGACAUGAAAUACAAAAAUAGAGUACGAAGUAGGAUAUCAAAUCUUAAGGAUGCAAAAAAUCCAAAUUUAAGGAAAAAUGUACUGUGUGGGAAUAUUCCUCCUGACUUAUUUGCUAGAAUGACAGCAGAGGAAAUGGCUAGCGAUGAGCUCAAAGAGAUGCGGAAAAACUUGACCAAAGAAGCCAUCAGAGAGCAUCAAAUGGCCAAAACGGGUGGAACCCAGACUGACUUGUUCACAUGUGGCAAAUGUAAAAAGAAGAACUGUACUUAUACACAGGUACAAACUCGUAGUGCUGAUGAACCGAUGACAACAUUUGUUGUCUGUAAUGAAUGUGGAAAUCGAUGGAAGUUCUGUUGAGUUCGGAGAAUUGGCAAGAUGUCUGGACCAUUAAGAAAAUGGAUUUUGUAAUUAGCUUUAAAACUCUGUCAAGCAAUUAGUUUUCUGACAAAUCAGAUUUUUAAAGGAGCAUACAUCCCUUGGGUUAGACUGUUUUUGACAUAACAUCCCUUCUUUAAAUGCUUUCUGUAGUUUCAGAUAGCAGUAGGGAGACCAUAUAAUAAUUGUAUGGUAUCUGUUUCAGAAUAUUUUUUUUCAUUUUUAUAAGUAAGUUGAUAUUAAACUUUUAUCAAUUAAACUUUGACACUCAGUUUUUUCUUUUCUUCUUAAAGGAAAAUGUACCUUAACUUUUUUACAGUCUGAAACAUACACUAAAAAUGUUAUUCUCUGUUUAUACAUAAAUGGAAAUUACAUUUUUUUCCAUCUUGGCAUGUACCUGCAAAUAUUAAAGGAGAAGAAAAGAUAAUAUAAUUUUAGGUUUAUCAAAUAUGGUGUGUAUUCAAAUAAUACUUGACCAGCUUAUCUAAAUUGUACAUAAUAUUUGAACCAGCAUAUGAAUUUGAUUUUAAUUAUUAUGAUCUCAAGUCUGGGAUAAUUAGAUAUUUUGCAUUUAUAACUAACCAUGUUCAUCAUUUCUUGUAAUUUCUUGUACAUGUAUAUUACUUGUUCUUAAUAGAUUUUACUUUUGGAAACAUGACUUUAUUUUGUUGAUAAUCAGUUUGGUUUUGUUGUUUGUGUGCCUCUUUGACUUUGUAGUUGAUUUUAGUUUUGCAGAAGAACGUUGUCAUAGUUUAGUGUGGUUUUUCAAAAUCCCUGCAUAGGCAAAGAAUGAAAGUUUUGAACCAUUUUUGUCCUUCAUAGGAAGAUACACGCUGGGGAGAAAAUGUUAGCAUUUUACUAUAGUGUACUUAUGUGUUAAACAGUUCAAGACUUGAUUUUGAUUUGGAAAUCCAAACUGACCCAGGAGUGAGCUUAAGGAUUGUAUAAGCCAUUAAAGCUCUGGUCUUUGCAUUGAG